AUGCAUUCACCAUCCUGGGCAACGGCCCUCCUGCUGGCUUUACUAUUGCCCCUCACUCUUGCGCAAAACAUCCGCGCCAUCUACCUCUUCAACAACGUGCUCAAGUCCAACACCACCGCCCUGACCCAAUCCGGCUUCAACAGCGCCAUCAUGUUUGGCGUCGGCGUCAAAGCAAACGGCGACAUCAUGUAUUACUCCAACGUAGCCGGCAGCUCCGACGUGCUCAUCGCCUCGGGCGGUAAGUACGUGGGCGGCGACGACCUGCAGACCAAGGUCCGCUCGCUCAAGGGCACCGGCAGCAAGAUAACGCGAGUCGAGAUCUGCAUGAACUCAAACAACAUCAAGGAUCUCAUGAACAGUGGAUCGGGCAGCAGCACCACCAUCUACAAAAACUUUGAUGCCCUCAAGACGGCGUGGAACUUGGAUGCGGUCAACAACGACGACGAGUCCAUCUACGACGUCGACAGCACCGUCACCUUUGGCCGCAUGGUCGGCAACAUCGGGUACAAGUACACGGCCUCUCCCUACCAGAAUGUUGCUUUCUACCAGGACGUCAAGAAGCAGCUCGGCUCGACCCUCAUGGACCGCUUCUACCUGCAGUGCUACGACGGCGGCGCCAACAAUGACCCGCAGGACUGGCAGUCGCAGCUGGGCGCCAAGGUUGUGCCUCUGCUGUGGGUUACCAACGACAGCAAGCCGUCGGACGGGUCGACUGCCGCGCAGGCGAAGAGCUCGUUUACAUCAUGGAAGGCGAAGGGUGACCUGGGUGGCGGCGGCUACUGGAACGACUAUGACAUUGAGAAGAACAACUUGAGCUAUUCAGAUUAUGCAGGUGUCCUCAAUGACUUGUUUCCGGGCACAGCGGCGUAG